UCACCGCGCAUGCGUAGUUCGCCGAGGAUUUGCCCUUCAGUUCUUUUCUACUAGGCCGGCUACACCUUUCCUGCCUAAAGACACGUCGUACUGAAAUUCUGAUGACUUCAUCGGCAGAUGAUGUUGGUGAUGUGGCUGACGGUUUAGCUACAUUAACCGUAGAUGAAGAGUCUGCUGAUGACGGGAGUGAGGCAAAAUUACUCUGCUGUGUAUGCCAGGAAGAAGCCGAGAAUGCUGUUAAGCUUCCCUGCUCUCAUAUAUUUUGUUUCUUGUGUGUUAAAGGUGUGGCUGCAAGAAACCGUGUAUGUGCAUUAUGUCGAAACCCAAUUCCAGUGGACUAUCUUGAAAACCCAAGUAUCGUUAAUUGUGGUGCUCUAUGUGCUAAACUAAGUUUGAAUUCAAGAAGUUACCACUGGUAUUAUGAGGGCAAAAGUGGAGGUUGGUGGAUGUACGAAGAUAGGACAUCAGAUGAGAUAGAAAAGGGAUUUGUAACUAAUGCUAAAUCGAUCAAAGUACGAAUUUCAGGUUUUACAUACGUGGUUGAUUAUGAAAAAAUGCUGCAAUCAAGAGAAGAUCAUCCAGAUCGUCAGAGGAAGAUAAAACGAGAUAUCUUGGAAAGCAAUGGAAUCAAAGGCAUUGCUGGAAUAUAUUUUGAUGGGAUGAAGUAGAUAGUGUGGACAAUGAUGCUAUUUAUAAACUGUUAGUGUAUGUGCAUCAACUGUGGCUUGUUCCUCCAAUGCUUCUGACAAGUGAUGCACUGCAUGUUGAAAUCUGUGAUUACUCUCAUACUGUAUGGCUUCUCCGCGUAUGUAAUUGAAAGUCUACUGUCUCCACUGUCCCACUGUUACUGCUUUCUCUACCAUCACUACUGUCAUUGAUAGUCAUCACCUACUG